UCAUGUCACUGCACAUGCUACAAUGGAAACACUAAGACAAAUACAAAGUUUUGGCAUCUGUGUUACCUGUAUGUAUCCUAUAGCAUCUGGUAUGGUGUUUGCCACUCUUCUAGUUUCUUCCUGCUCAUCUCUGAACAUAAGAGCUCGCCCACUUGUUUCUAAUUCACCUUUCCUUUCUAUCUGGAAUGCUCCUACAGAACUUUGUACUGAAAGGACUGGAGUGCAGCUGGACAUGAGAUUUUUUUCUCUCAUUGGAAGCACACUGAAGACAUCCAUUGGGCAAAACAUCACUCUUUUCUAUCCAGACAGGCUUGGCUACUAUCCUUACAAAAAUGAAGUCACAGGAGAGGCGUUCAAUGGAGGACUCCCUCAACUCUCACUGCUGGAGAAUCAUUUAAAAAAAGCCAAAGAGGACAUCCAGUUCUAUAUUCCUUCAGAUGAACAGUUUGGAUUGGCUGUCAUUGACUGGGAAAACUGGAGACCUGUGUGGAUAAGGAACUGGGGAUCAAAAGACAUUUAUAGACAGGAAUCCAUUGAACUUGUUCAGCAGAGAGACCUCAGUCUGUCAGAAGCCGAAGCCAGAACUAUAGCUAAAAUGGAAUUUGAAGCUGCAGCAAAAUCAAUUAUGUUGGAAUCUUUAAAGCUGGGCAUAGAAAUGAAGCCAAAUCGUCUGUGGGGAUAUUACCUUUAUCCAGACUGCUAUAACUAUGAUUACAAACAAAACCCACAUAAUUAUACAGGAACCUGUUUAGAUAUUGAAAUAGAAAGAAAUAAUGAGCUUAAUUGGUUGUGGGAGAAAAGCACAGCACUUUAUCCAUCUGUCUAUCUAGAGACAGCCUUAAGAUCUUCCAGAAAUGCCCAGCUCUUUGUUCGCAACAGAGUUCAAGAAGCCAUUAGAAUUUCAUAUGUCUCUAAUUCUACUCAUCCCCUUCCAGUUUUUGUAUAUACACGUCCAGUAUUCACAGAUGUGUAUGAGGAAUAUCUCUCCCAGGAUGACCUGGUAAAUACCAUUGGAGAAUCUGCUGCACUGGGUGCUUCUGGAAUUGUGAUCUGGGGUGAUAUGAAUUUAACACAAAAUAAGAACACCUGUAGAACUCUGGACAACUACCUUAGGAGGACUUUGACCCCAUACCUCAUCAAUGUCACAAUGGCAGCCAGAAUCUGUAGCCAAGUGUUAUGCCAAGACUCUGGUGCUUGCGCACGGAAAAAAUGGAAUUCCAGUGACUAUCUUCACUUGAACCCUGAGAAUAUUGUCAUUCAAAUGACAAAGGAUGGAAAAUACACUCUACAAGGGCAACCAGCAUUUCAGGAUCUGCAAAUGUUCAUAGAAAAUUUUGAUUGCCACUGUUAUGCAGGGCACAGUUGUGAACCUAGAGCUGAUAUAAAUGACAUCCACUACCUCCAUGCUUGCAUUUCAGAAGAUAUUUGCAUUCAGAUAUCCUCAAAUUCACUUUCUAAUACAGAAGCCUCUGAAGAAAAGAUCCUGUCUAACAGAACUGUAUUUUCAUUUACCUCUCAGAGUAAGGUGACAUUAUCUACACAUCCUGAAAUAGAAGAUUUCCAAUCUACCUUUGGAAAUAAUACACUCAAUAUAACAACUGCAGAAUAUAACACUGUCACAGCUGCCACUAGGUAUGAUUUAGAAGCAAAUGAUACUCGUACUUUCAGUAGUUCUUCAUCCUAUAAGAUAAGAAUGUUUAAUCUGUUUUGUUUAAUUCUAAUUUUGAGAACCUUAACGUAAAUGACCCAUGAAAGUGAGAAUACUCUCUUCCCUGGCUGCGUUUGAAAUUCUAAAGGUUUUAUUUACAAAGAAAAAUCAUUCCUGAAAGGCAUAUGAUCUUAUCUGUAUCAGGUAACCUUUUCUAUUCCAUAGGUGACACUUCAGCUUGAAUGUAUUUCUUCAGUUUAGUUCUAUAAACUGCUAUUUGUGCCAAAGAUACACUGGUCUGUAUAUACUGAUUAUACCAUGUGAAAGGAUAAUCCAGAAUAAGGAACAUUUUUUUACAGUUUAUAUUUUUAACAGUUAUAUUUGAAAAAAAAAAUUGUUGAUAAUGCUGUUUUGUAUACUUCAAGUUAAGCCAGUUAAAUACAUCUCAACUUGGAUUUCAUCGAGUCUCAGCAGUCAACAGGUUUGAUGCUCUGUGCAGGAAUGAAUUUCAUUCCAUAUGAAAAUUAGGUCUUAAAAAUAUUUGGCUUAACUUUACAUCUGUGGGACUUUGCAGCAUAAAAUAUAUCUGAUUAAUGUAAUGUUUCUCCAUGUUUCACAAUAUCUACAGGGACACUGUGGUUUUUCUUUUAAUUAAAUAUAUUGAUAACUAUUCAAAAGGUUCUAACUUUGAUGUAAAUGUUGACUUCAAAUAUUACAGCUUCAUUAUUUAAAAUUUGAGCUGUAGUGGUUUAUCCUUCCUUUUUUCUUCUCCUCUUCUUCUCCUCUUCUUCUCCCAAGCCCUCCCCCUUAUUUCAUAUGUCCCCUCCUUGGCUUUCAGUUGUUUUGUCUGGCCAAUACUCACAACUCAUCCGAUCUGCCUCUACACUCCCUACUGGCACUGGUCACCAGCCCUGGUUUCCCCAUCCAGCCAGCCCUAGCAGCUGGAUAGGGCUGUCCAUGCCAUUUGGACAAAAGCCUGUGAGUGUGGAACUUUCUCUGUGCCUGACUAUUUCCUGAGCAGUCUCUUUGGUGGAAACCAGUUUGUCGCUUAGGAAAACCCAGCAGUGGAGGCUGCAAGGUAAGUGACACUGGGGACCUGGGACUCUCAUCACUUCCAGUGCCCAUGAUCCCCAAUAUCAGGACCACCUUUUUGAUCCAGUCUGCUGACAGAACUGUACUACUAUUUGCUUAAUAUUAUUCCAUUGCCAAAAGCAGUGUGGAAGUAGCAGAGACACUUCAGAAGAAAACUACUCCCAGUAUGAUAUCAGGAGUCUAGUUAUGAUUUACGUAUAGUCACUUUAAGCAUUUAGAAGCAAUUAACUGCAGUUUAUUUGAUAAAAUAACCUUUUCAAAUUAUUAUGUCAGAUGCUUAAUAGAUGGCUGGACUUCUGAUGGGUGAAGAGUGGCUGCUGGCAUGGGUACAUCAAAAAGUCUCCCUGGAGCUAGGCAUGAUGUGCAUAAAUAAAUCAUCACCUCCCACAGAUACAACCUGCCUCACUAAUGGAAAUACCUGGGAUUUCAAUAUAGUAGCCCUUGAUUU